AGGAGGAGAAGUAGAACUAUGUUUGCUGCACGUGCCAUGUCGAAGGCUGCGGCACCCGCAAGGGCAGUCGCGUCGCGAGCGGCGCCGGCAGCCCCCAAGCGUGGAAUGGCGGGCGGAGCAGCUCCGAAGUACACGGGCUGGGAGGCCCAGAUCAGGGAGAAGCUUCCGAAGGACGAGCACGUGGUGGUUGCCAUCAGCGGGUUCUACGUGGGUUUGUACGUGGUAUGCAAGGGAAUUUCGGCGCUCUUCUCGUCCCCCAAGAAGGAGGAAGUCGCUGCCCCCGUCGUCGCUUCAUCCGCGACGAGUUCCGACAUCCCCGACGGAUACGAGGACAACUUCUGGCAAUGGCUCGAGGGCGCGGGGAACAUGGAGAAGUACCUUGCGACAAUCGACAAGGCUCAGUAGAGACAGAGAACAAGAGGCCGGGGGGGGGCACGUGCUUAUCGGUUGAGUUCCCUGUCGGAACUUUCGUUGGGCGAUGGCUGGAGUACCGAGCAUUGUGCUA